CUUAACAACAUAAAUAAACAUAAAAACCACAUAUACACAAUAAUACGUAUAUUGGUCCACCUAGUCGUUGGAAAAGAAAAAGUAAAAUGAAAGAAGUAAACAGAAAGAGAGACAGAUAAAGGUUUCUCAACAAGCCUGUCUACUCUACUCUACCCUACCUUCAAACUUCGUGUCAGGGUUUUAAAUUUAGCCACGAGAGUGCGUUCCAAUCGUAAAUGGAGUACGAUAAACCGUAAGCUCUUGGAAAAAGAUAGGCGUAAAGUCGACGUUCUUUAAACUCAUCAUACUGCUAGGAAUCCCUUAACGUAGUUGCAUCCAGUGUAACGAGAUUCGACUCGCAAUUGGUGUGUUUUGUUUCCCCCAGUGUGCAUAUGAAGUAUUUUUUUGACCAAGGACGGGCUAUAGUUGUUUCUUUCUAUACAUAGUCGUUAUCGUUGUGUUUCGAUUAUUUUUUUGGUCAUAAGUAUCGUUGUUUUUGGUUGUGAAAAAAAAAAGAGGAUAAUUUUUUCUCUCUCGGAGAAAUUUCAUUUCUCAUACGAGAAAUUCAAGGUCGCCAUUAAGCUAUAAUCAAACAAGGAACCCAACGAAGGAGUAUCAUCAAUUCUUUUACAAGAAUAGAAGAAGAAUAUAAAAAACAAAGAACAAAAAAUGUCAAAUACCACUGCAAGGAGUAACAAGGAAUGUAAAAUGGAAUUGGUGAGAAGAACUUGGACACCUAAACCAAUACUAGAUCCAGAAAUAACGAAAGAUCUUCCCACGAUUGACGCAUAUGUGGGUAUACUGAAGGAAAAGAAGAAUAUUUCAGCAGCUAUUAAAAGCAUAUCAACUAUUUUGCCAUAUUUCGAUCACUUGAAACGUUGCUCGGCCAAUAAAAUUCUUCUGGCACCCGUGAAAUCGUUCGAUUUAAAUGACGAUAAUGUAUCGAAUCAGAAUAGAUUAAAAUCAUUUCUAAAAGAUAACAAAUUUGAUCUGUCUAUUUUAGAAGAUGAUUUUCGAGUUAUCAAAGUUCCAGAAACCAGUGCAAAAUCUAAAACACAAGCUGCACGUGCAUCGAAGAUUUGGCCAUUGAGAUUUCAUCCUGAUCCUUUUCUCGAGGCUGUGAUAGAUGGUUCGAUUUUCAACGAGGAUCAAUUAGAAGGAAUCGAAAAGUACAUGAACGUUGCUAUAACAGCAGCUAAAUUGGAAGCUAUUGGUAACGAUAAUUGUAAUGGUAGUGCGGUAAUAGUAGAUCCUGAGAACGAUGGUAGAAUACUUGCUAUAGCUGCAUCAAAAAUUGAUCAACAUCCAAUGUGGCACGCCUCUAUGUUAGCCAUAGAUUUGGUAGCUAAAUUACACGGGGGUGGUGCUUGGAAAUUAUAUUCGAAUGAAGACAUCAUUGAAGUAAGAGAAGCUAAAAAGAAUGACAAUAAUUUUGAGAAAAGAAUGAAAAUGAUUAAAAGAAAGUACGAGGAACAUGCACCACUUUGUUAUCCAAAAACAUUGUCCUCCAACGUAAAAAUUCCAGCUGUUGAAUCUUUCAAUGCUAAAUGGAAAUUACAAGGUCGACGAAAUAACGGUACUACAAAAGCAAAUAUCAAUGUGAAUUUAAAUUCGAGUGAAAAAUCUGGCCCAUAUUUAUGUACCGGGUGUUGGGUCUUUUUACUGAUGGAACCAUGCCCAAUGUGUGCAAUGGCAUUACUUCAUUCCAGAGUAGGAAAAAUAUUUUACGGCGUGUCCAACGAGAAAACAGGUGUCUUAGGAUCCAAUGGGAUUUUACACGCGGUUCCAGGACUUAAUCAUAGAUAUCAAGUUUGGAGUGGAAUAUUGGAAGAAACUUGUAAAGAGGUGUCCAAAGAAAUUCAACGAAAGAACGUUGACGAAUCACUUGUUCAAAUUUGACUGACAAUAUUUUAUCGAAUAUAAUAAAUCAUAAUGAUUAAUUAAAACCACGAUGAGAGAUAAUAAUACGAUAGCAAGUGCAAGUAAAUGAGACUAAAAAAAAAAAAAGAAGAAACGUGUUUUGUGCACAAUCGAGUUGAGACCAAUAAUAUAAGAAUGACCUUGGUGCAUUUGUAUAAUUUACAACGAUUUUUAUUUUUAUUUUUUUUUUUUUCCGAACCCUCAACAUCUGCUCUUAUUUCCUUCUUUUUUUUCUUUAUAUUUUUCUUCUUCUGUAGAUGAGGAGUACGUACAUUGCAUUAACAUUUGUCUGCUUGCUUUCUUGUACAAUGAAGCUUUGUAUUUUCACGAUUAUACAGAAAUUCUUACUUU